AUCACGGGGAAGCGGACCGUUGCUCCGCAGGCUUUUUCUUUCAUCUCUCCUCCUUUUCCUUUCCUCCUCCUUCCCUCCGUUUGCACCACCACCCCAAGCAAGGCAUCUGCGAGUUCUGGCGGCCACCACCACCACCAUCUGCCUGUUUCUCAGAUUCAAGCAUGCUCAUGGAGAACUCCUCCUCCUCCCAUCUCUUCAUUGCCUUCUUCUCCCUCCUCCUAACUGGCGUCCUCGCCAAGUCGACCAUCGAGCCCUGCUCGGGCUCUGAGUCCUGCCCGGCCCUACUCGGUUACACGCUCUACGCCGACCUCAAGCUCUCCGAGGUCGCCGCCCUGUUCCACGUCGACCCCCUCGCCAUCCUCGCCGCCAACGCUUUCGACCCCGCCGUCCCCGACGUCGAGGACCGCAUCCUCCCCGCCGGGCUACUCCUCCGCAUCCCCACCCGCUGCUCCUGCGCUGACGGCAUCCGCCGGUCCCUCGCCGCCCGGUACCGCACCCGCCCCGGCGACACCCUCGCCUACGUCGCCUCGUCCGUAUUCGGCGGCCUCGCCUCCCCGGACCAGAUCCGCGAGGCCAACUCCAUCCCCGACCCGUCCGCGCUCGACGUCGGCCGGACCCUCGUCAUCGCCCUCCCCUGCGCCUGCUUCAAUCUGUCCGACAACUUCCUCCCGGCAAUCUACCUCUCCUACGUCGUCAGGCCGGGGGACACCGUGCCGAGCAUUGCCGCCGGGUACUCCACCACGGCGACCGACAUCAUGAACGUGAACGCGGUGGGCGGUCCCGCUGCGAUCAGUCCCGGCGAUGUACUCGUCAUUCCCUUGCCAGCAUGCGCAUCGACGCUCCCGAAUGACGCCUCCGAUUUCGGCUUGAUUGUGGCAAACGGCACUUAUUCCAUCACUGCUAGCCAGUGCGUCCAGUGCAGUUGCGGCCCAGGAAAUCUCAAAUUGUACUGCACGCCAGCUUCCCUGUCGGUGUCGUGUUCGAGCAUGCAAUGCAGAGGUAGCAAUCUUAUGCUCGGAAAUAUUACUGCCAGGUCGAGCAGCGCUGGUUGCAGCGUCACCUCCUGUACUUACGGUGGUUUCGUCAAUGGAUCCAUCGUCACCAAGUUGACUGCGUCGCUUCAACCUCGUUGCCCAGUGCAACCUCAGAUUCCCUCGCUCACGGCACCACCAACAACACUAGUGCAUGACUUAUUCCUUGCUCCAACGCCAUUGCCACUCCCACCACAACCAGGUGGCGCCAUGCCAACACCAAAAGAGUCGCCCAAGUCGUCAUCAGUGCCGGGGGAGUUCGCACUUCCGGGUGUCUCUCCUGCAAUCGGCCCCGAUAGUGGUGCCGCAAUGGCCAGCUCCGUAAGCCCAUUGGAUGAUCACGGGAGAGAGAUGCUUCUGCUUUGUUUAUUUCUCAGAUUCUUGCUGUAAAUCUUGGUCGAACCUUUUGUCCUGGAAUUCAACCGAGCUU